CGCCCCGUCCCACGCGGGGAGCAGCGCUCCGACCCGCCCCUGCGGCCGCCGGCGGCCCCCGCUUGCCUCGCCCUGCCGCCAGUCUCCUCUGGCCCGCCGCCUCUCUCUGGCUCUCUCCCUGGGUCCCCGGCCUCCCCUUCCCCUCCCGGCCAGCCCGCUCCGCUCGCUCCAGGGCUAGGUGGGGGCUGGGGCUGCGCACCGAAUAGACGGACCUGCGGACCGACUGACCCGGCACCGGCUACAGGAGAAGCCCGUCAUCAUGGACCCCCCGUCCCUGGACACAGCCAUUCAGCAUGCCCUGGCAGGCCUCUAUCCCCCUUUUGAGGCCACAGCGCCCACCAUCCUGGGGCAGGUAUUCCGUCUCCUGGAUUCUGACUUCCAGGGGGAUGGGCUGAGCUUCCUCCUGGAUUUCCUCAUUCCUGCCAAGCGCCUGUGUGAGCAAGUGCGUGAAGCAGCCUGUGCCCCGUACUCACACUGCCUCUUCCUGCAUGAGGGCUGGCCACUGUGCCUGCGAGAUGAGGUCGUGGUGCACCUGGCCCCCCUCAACCCCCUCUUAUUGCGCCAGGGAGACUUCUACCUCCAAGUGGAGCCCCAGGAGGAGCAGUCCGUCUGCAUCAUGGUCAAGUGCCUCUCCUUGGACCUCCGCACGGUGGACGCAAAGCCUGUUCCCGAGUCAUCCUACCCUACACUCUUCACCCAGACGUGGCUGGAGGCCAUCAACAGUGACUUUGACGGAAGCCCUCUGUACAACUGCCUGGUAGCUUCCGAAGAUGGGAUUGCCCCUGUGCCCUGGACCAAGAUAGCCAGCCCAGAGUUUGUGGAUGACAGACCCCAAGCAGUGAACGUCCUCUCCCAGGCCUGGGGGUCCCUCGAGUUAGAGGCCCUCGAUUUGAGCAGCCCUCCAGAGCCUCAUCAGCCCAGGCCCUCAGGCAGCCAGGGGCUGCUUGCCCGGAGCUUGGCCAAGGGUAAGGGCAGGACAUAUGGGAACAAGUACCCAGGACUCAUCAAGGUGGAACAAGCCAGGUCGGGGGAGGUGGCCUUUAGGAUGGACGAUGUGGCCAGCCAGGACUUAGAAGGAGACUAUGUGGCCCUCCUGGAGAGCAGAGGAGGGCCUCCCAGUAGGGAAGUGGAGACGUCCAGUGGGUGUCCUUUGGGGGCACUGGAGGAACCAUCCAGAACUAAGGAAAUCCUUCUCUCUCAAAGGAUGCCGCCCCUCUCAGGGGCCAGGGGGGGACCUUCCUUGGAAAAAUGGGCUUGUGAGAAGCCAGCAAGCUCAGAAGAGGAGCCCUGCAGGUUGGGCUCGAGGAGAAAGGUCAACUAUAAAGUUAACGCAUCCACCCAGGACUCAGAACCCCAGCCCCAGGAGCCCUACCUCCGCGUCCUUGAGGAGCCACCGCCCUGUGCCUCUGGCCUUGAGGCAGGUGGUUCCUCCAAGAUGCAGGAACCUCUGGGAAGCCCAGAAAACAUGGCGCAACUCAGGCCUGCACCAGAACGAGCGUCCUCCCUGCACCUGUGCUCGGCUUCCCCUCCUGCUGCUCCAGCCCCUGAAACCAAGUUGGAAGAGAGGGCCAAACAGGGGCACGGGAGACUUCCCAAGCCUGAGACUGGCCCCAGUCAGAAUACCUCCUCUUCUACAUCCCCUACUUCCGGGCUCAGAUUCUCCCUCUUGAAAGGGCAGAGGCAAGCCCCUGGGCCCCCAGAGAAAGCCUCCCUCCAGCCCGACAGGCCCUGGAAAGUCUUGCGUUCGCCCUCGUCUCCCACGACCAACCGAGCCAAGAGCGUGGGGAAAGCUGGAAAGACUCAGACCAAAACAUCUGGCCCGGCUGCUGACUCAGGCCCACGGACUGGGGAAAAGGCCGGCUUCCCAGAAGUCCCUCUGGAUGAGGAGCCCCCAGGGCCUGAGCCUAGGAUUGGGGCCCUGAGUGUGGAGAUCCUCCAGUCGAGGAUGGCUUGCCUGCCAGGUGGUCGGGACAGGGCCGGGAGGCGCCUGCUUCUGGUGUCAACCACCGAGGGGGCCUGGGAGGCACCAUGGUGCACGGCCUCGGAAGUCACCAAGCUGCUCUCCUACCUGUGCACUGUCCCCAGGCCUGAAGAUAAAACCAAGGGGCUGGCGGUUAUGAUUGAUUCCAGGAAACAGCCUCCACACCCUGGUCUGGUCAGUGCCCUGCAGGCCACCCAGGCCCUGGCCCCAGCCUCCAUCCGUGCUGUGUUCUACCUGGGAGAGAAGGAGGCUGCCCUCCAGCUGGAAGCAUUGCCUGAUGUCCAGGUAGAGGUGGUGACCUCACUGAGAGCUCUCAGCCACUACGUGGACCCCGGGCAGCUGCCCACAGCCCUGGAAGGCCCCUUCCCCUACUGCCACAGCGAGUGGGUGCAGUUCUUCCAGAAGCUGGACCCCUUCCUUGCUGAGCUGCACCAGGUCUCCUCCUUGCUAAAGGCUUCCAUCAAGCAGUUUGAGAAGAGCGACCUCCCUGGAGGGGUGCAGGAAGCCUCCAGGUGUCUGAGCAAGUCCAAGGAGCUGAUGGAGACCGUGCUGAAGGACCCAGGGCUGCUGGGCCUCCAGCGGGAAGGAGGAGCCACUCUGGCCAGGCUACGGCAGGAAGCCAGUAGGCUGGACUUCAACCCUGAUGUCAGGAGCCAUCUGGCCGAAGCUGUCACCUGGUACGGCCUCGUGGAUGAACAGCUGCAUGUCCUGGUCACUGCCUCUAACCACCUCCUGGGGGCGCUGGAGCUCCGCGUCCGCCUCGGCCGCCUGGAGGCUGCCAUCCACCAGGUCAGCAACUGGAUGGAGCAGGAGGGGAGCCGGUGCCUGCAAAUGCUGACCCCCAAAGACAGAAGCUUGGAGACUGUGGAGAAAGCCCACGCGGAGUUUGAGGACUUCUUUCUCCAGGCUGCAGCCCAGUACCGCCGGGGCCUGGAGCUGUCCAAGCAGGCAGCUCAGCUGGGAGCUGCGGCCGGAGGAGCAGAGCUCCCGGAACUGGUAGCCUUCACCUCCACCCAGCGGGCCUUCCAGGCCAAGCUGACCCACUUCUACAUGGCGGCCGAGCGGCAGCGCACGGACCUGGAGACGCUGCUCCGUCUACACCACUUCUGCAAGAAGAUAACCUGGUUUCAUGUGGACUGUCAGGACCUGAUGAGGCAGCUCAGGCUGGGCAAGACCCAAAGGGCCAGCCCCGGAGACCAGCGCCUCCUCCACCGCUACCUGCGGCGACUGGCAUCCGAGUUCCCUGCCGAGAAGCUCACGGCCAUGGGGCUGCAGGUGGCCUCUCUGAGCCAGGAGGGCCCCGGCCAGGCCCUGUGGGAGGAGGCCCGGGUGAGACACGAGGAGAUCCAGACCCUCCUGAAGAGGGCACUGGCCCACUGUCCGUGCCCAGCGGGGCCCGCCGCCCACUCGGCACACCCAGAACUAAGAAAGGCAGCAGCCGAGGGUCGGGGUCUGAAUGCAGCGGUCGCUUCUAGGGGAAGGGGAAGGCGGGGCCUGCCCCUCCGGGACUCCCUGGGCCUGGAUCGACCGCCAAAUUCCUAUUGGCCUCGGGCCCCCCGAGAGGGGCAGAAUGGAAGUUUCCAGUCAGGCCUUCUGGCCCAGGAAGCUGGCCAGGCUGUAGAGGCUGAUGAAGGCAAAGGUCCCCGUGAGCCCUUUGAUCCUGCCUCGGAGCCUCUCCUUGCCCCUCUCGUCUCCUGGCAGUGACUCCCCAGGCAGAGUCACACCCCCACCCUGCUGGAGGCAGCUUCUCCUCAGAGGGGACAGACUCACAGACGUCUCUGGAGGACUCACCCCAGACAAGUCCCCUGCAUCUCUCUAGCUAGGACCCCCACCACUCACACCAGGCUCCAGGGGGUGGCUGGGGAGGGGCCCAGCGACAAGAGGCAGUUCGGGAGCCCUGGCUGAGCCCCUCUGGACGUGGCUCCUGACACUUGCUGUAUGUGUCGCCAGGAGAAGGCAGGAGCCUGGACCCGCUCUGAGCUCCAGGAAACUCCAGGAAGACCCGACUCACAUGGAAAUAGGGAGUAUGGAGGGCAGGGCAGGACACAGUAGAGCCCGGGACCCCGGGACCGACUGCAUAACCCCCAGUCCCGUCGUGGAAAGUGUAAUUGGUACAGACCCUUCCAGAAGUCUCAGAGGCAACCACCUGGAGUUCAGGGGUGCACAAGCUUCCCCGGGGGGCCCACGGGGCACCCUUGUCAUGAGCGGGGGGACUCGGGAGUGGCUUCUUAUCUGAGACACGCAUUCCAGUGCCUGUUUAUCUGGCGGUGAACUCAGGAUCCUCUGGUGGAGGAGUAGAGGGGAGUCUGGGAAGGGAAUAAAGGGUGUGUUGUCAGGCAAA